UGGAGCGGGAGGAGCCUGGAUGGAGCGGGAGGAGCCUGGAUGGAGCGGGAGGAGCCGGGAUCGAGCGCAGGCGCCGCACCGGCAUCCGCUGCUCCGGCCCGGCCUGGCGGACUCCCCCCCCUUCCCCACCGCUGCCACGCUGGCGCUGCGCCCCAUGGACGGCGUGUUCCUGUCCCCCAACGAGGAUGAGUUCGUGGGCAGGAUCUCCGAGGAGCUGGAGCACUUCAUGGAGCAGGGGCAGCACCACAGAGUGCUCCUGUUCCCCCCUCUGUCCAGUCGCCUCAGGUACCUGAUCCAUCGGACCGUGGAGAACAUGGAUUUGCUGAGCAGCUUCUCGGUGGGGGAAGGCUGGAGGAGGAGGACGGUCAUCUGCCACUCGGCCGUGAGGCUGCCCAACGAGACCAGUGACCAAAAACCUGGCCCCAACCCGCCCCGGCCCCACCGCCCUGCGCAGCCCUGGGGCCGGGGGGGCCGAGGGACACGGCCCAGGCACGGAGGGGACAUCCAUGGGGACACCUCCCGGGCCUGUGUGGGCUCUGGCAGGAUCAGCAGGCCCCCCAGGAGGAAGCCAGACAAAGCCCUGUACGUGCCCAAGGUGGUGAGGAAGAAGGCGAACUGGAGGGAGCGGGACAGCCCCGGAGAAGCCGGAGGGGAUGCGGCGCAAGGAGAUGAAAUCUGCCCCAAAAAUUCCACGGGGGACGCCCGGGAGGAGCUGGGCAAGUCUGAAGAAGGCCCAGGGGGUGUCCCUGUGGCUCUAGGAAAGCAGCAGGAGCCCGGUGAAGGAAGUUUUUCGGGAAAAACUGACGCUGGCUCCCACGCUGAGCGUCCUCCGUGCGGUACAAACGUCCCGUCCUUAGGGAAUAGCAACGAUUCCUCUGAGCAGGAAAGUCGGGAUAAAGACUGCUCUGAUUCCUUUUCUUCUGGGCACAGUAAACACCCACCUUCCAAGGCAGAAGAGCAGGAUCUGAGGCAUGACAACGCUGUUGUAGCAGAAGGCAGCGAAUUCCUGCGAGACGGAGACCAAACCAGCCGGGAUUCCGGAGUGCUGGAGAGCGGGAAAACCUCCCUGCCGGAAAGUCGUGGUGGCAGCUGCUGCCCAGACCCGGCUGUGGCCGAGUCCCUGGGGCUGGAAAACCAAGAUAAGGGCAAUGCUGCUGCUGCCAAGAGCCUGGAGAGCAGCGGGAACCUGUCAGCACCCCAAGAGCAGGGCAAGGUCCCCGCGAAUUUCUCCGCGCCGGAAAGCCAAGAUCGGGAGCGCCCAAGUGCCACCCAGAACCCCCUGGAAGCCCGGAGGGAGCCUCUGGCUGCAGCUGGGCUGGUGGCUGGUGGUGACCCAUCAGCUCCUGAGGAGCAGGGGGAGCACUGGGGGGAUGCUGGCGGUGGGAAGGUGCCCCUGGAGGAGGAGGAGGAGGAGGAAGAGCCCUCGGAUGUGUCCGAUGCGCUGUGGAGGGAGCUGCGCUUGUCUGCGGGUGACAGAGAGGAGAGGGGGAGCAGGCAGGAGCAGAGCAGCCUGGAGGACGACUGCACUGCAGAGCUCAUGGCAGAGAUUGUGGGGAAUUUGACGGUGAAGGACAUCAGCAUCGAGAGGAUCAGCGUGGACUAUUCCAGCUACGGCAAGGCCCAGGUCAGCGAGGGGGAUUUUGGCCACGUCACCGAGAUCUACGACUUCCCCUCAUCCCUGAAAACGGAGGAUCUGAUGGAAAUGUUCUCAGAUUUCCACGAGAGUGGUUUCAAAAUCCAGUGGGUGGAUGACACACACGCCCUGGGAAUCUUCUCCAGCCCUUCCACAGCAUCUCAAGCCCUGGGCCGACGUUACCCCUGUUUAAAGAUCCGACCCCUGAUCCACGCCUCGAAACAGUCCAAGCUCAGGGCCCUGCAGCGACCAAGUAAGACAAGAACUCCUCCAGCUCGGGAAGGAGCGGCCCCAGACGGACACGGCCGUGGCCAGGAGACUCGUGUCCCACGCCCUGGGCUGGAGGCACAGGCAGCAGGAAGGCUCAGGAACUGAAGUUUUCCAGCAGGAAGCAUCGGACCAGCAGGAAUAAAAACCACCUCUUGGUCCCCCCCACCCCUCAACCCCCCCACCCAAAAAAAUGCUGUAAAGAUGAGCAUGGCUGUGCUGUUCAACUGCAUGUGGAGCAGGGAGUUGGGGGGGUUCUCCUUGGGGUCAGCACCAUCCUCCUAAAGUUGGGAAGGAGAGGGGGGAGUUUAGUGUUAAUGGGAUUUUUUGAGCCCCCUCCUCGGGGGACUCUUUGUUUUCCAAGCACCAGUUACUCCUCCCUGAGGCUUUCCAGAAAAGCCUCCUCUGGGUUUGGGAGAGAAAAAAAAAAAAAAAAAUUAAAAAUUAGUCAUUAAGAGUAAGGGAAUUGUGUUUGGUUGGCCAAAAUUCCAGCUGGGGUUGGCGGGGGGGAGAAGAACAGGAGUUACAAAAGCUGUUCAGUGUUUACCUGGUUGUGAUGUUAUUGUUGAGAUAUCCCAUAAAACUGCCAGGCAGUGGAUGCAAGUGAGUUUAGGGGGUGGGGUUUUUUUUUCCCCCCCAUAUUUACACAGCCUGAAGUUGCCCUGUUAAGCAAGGAGAAGUUGUCGUGUGCUCCUUAGGAAAAGGAAAAAGCAGAACUUGCCUGUUCUGGUGGGCCCAGAGCCCUUUUUUUUUUUGAGGGGCUUAAAAACCCUUUGGUGUGGCAGCAGAGCAUCCCCCACAUCCCAGGCUCUGCUUGUGCUACAGAUCUGGAGGGAAAAGAUGGAAUUUUUUCAACCCAGAGGAGGCUAAAAAAAAAACCUUUGCCAGGCCGUGAAUGGCAUUGGCAAGAUAAUUCUGCGUCCUUUAAGCCUCACAACACCCCUGUGAGGUAGGUUUUGGGGAGCACAAGUUUGGCAGCCACUUCUAAUCCCCUGUGGAUUAAUCCCCUGGUCAGCUCUAAAAUUCAGCUGCUUGUAAAAGUCUUCCAUACAGAGGGAAAAAAAGAUAAAAAAAACCCAACACUAAAGUACCAGGAAUUGUGAGCUUUCAUGGAGUAGAAAUCCACAAAUGGCAUUUAAACCAUUUUUUGGGGGGUUCUUUUUGGUUUUGUGUAUUUUUUCUGGGUCAAAACGUUUUUAUUCAAGUAGCUGUGCCUGGAGAUGUGCAGCAGGGUGUGUCCUCAAACAAACAGAGGAGCACGGGGUAGCACCAUGAAUUUCCAGUGGGGCUGGGACAGAUCCCUGGGGAGGAGAGCCAGGAAUUCCCUCUGUAAGGAAAGGCCAGGAGACAAUGCCUUAAAACUUAAUUCAUCCUUUGAGGAAAAGAGAGGGAGCAUCCAGCCUGGGAGGCGAGAGCUGGGUGGGUGUGGAAUUUUGGGGUGGGAAUUCACAGUCCAGCGGGAAUCUGCGAAGUUCUGGGUGUCCGAGGCGGGGGGAGCUCCAGGGAGCUCCGAUGGUCUGUUGGAAUCUG